AUGGUGACGAGCGACGAUUUUGUCAUUGGAGCCGAAGUACUGCUUCACUCCCUCCGCGAGCACUGCGGCGGCAGCACGCGACGACCAGCUUUGGUGGUGAUGGUCACCUCUGGAGUGUCACAGCUGAAGAGGCAAGCUCUGAAGGUUGUGUCGGAUGAAGUCAUCGAGGUGGAACCAAUCGCAGUGCCAAUUAAACGGGCGGCGGGGCACGUGCCGGCAUGGGCAGAUGUGGGGUACACAAAGCUACGCGUGUGGGGUUUGAUCCAGUUCAGACGCGUUGUGUACAUAGAUGCGGACGCUCUCGUGAUGGUGGACAUUGACGAGCUGUUCGAUCGGGAGGUGGAUUUCGCCGCGGCACCUGACGUGUUUCCACCAGACAAGUUCAACGCCGGAGUAAUGGUUGUGGUGCCGUCGCUGAUUGUCCUGGAGGACAUGAUGUCCAAGGUGGAAGAACUCCCAUCGUACGACGGCGGAGACACCGGUUUCUUAAACGCCUAUUUCGCGGAUUGGUUUUCAAGGCCGGCGGCUGCAAGGUUACCGUUCGCGUACAACGCCCUCCGCACGGUCUAUUGGACAACUCACGAGAAGAACCCUGGGUACUGGGAAGCGAUCGGCCCCGUGAAGAUUAUUCACUUUUGCAGUAGCCCCAAGCCUUGGGAAGAAACCAAUCGCAAGGGAGACCUCGAGAUGACGUGGUGGCAGCGAUGCGUCCAGAUGAAAAUGGGCUGAGUACCUGGCAUGGACGGAUUUGUCUAAUCGCGCGAGUGCUUGUCUAUUUUCCGGCAGUUGCUGUUUGUGUUGCUGUUGCCAAACGGAUAUGCACAAAAGUGGAGGUACGAGAGAUGUCUACUUUUGUAGAAAAAAUAUCAGUGACGGACUUGAAGCCCAACGGCAACAACUAUUUAGCGUGAACCGUCCUGGAGGUACUUUGCGACUCAGCCCGGAACUACGUUCGCCGGUCGUUCAUGCCCCCUUUCGACUUGUUCCAGCUCGGCGGAAAGUCGCACCUACUGUUUCACACA